AUGAGUGAUUGGGAGUCAGAUGAGAAGAGCGGUGUGAAGGGUGCUUUGGUGGGCGACGUCUCUGCGCCUGUUGAGCUGCCACACGAGCCCUGGGACGCUAGAGUUGACCAGAUGCUGGCGAACUCUGUCGCAUUCCAGAUGAGUGCUGGGUUGGCCCGUGGUGGGGGUGGGGGUGGCGUGGGGAUGGCUGGGCAGGCGUUCCAGCUGUUGUUGCAGCUUGUGGAGGAACAGCUGUCCGGGAUGGUCACUGAGUUGCACAGGAUCGCAACGGUGCAGCGUAGGCAGCACGCGACUCACGACGACGUGGCGUUGUUGUUGCAGGGGUUCCAAUUGACUCCGGAGGAUAUCGAGGAACAGAUGUACUUGUCGAAGAAGAUUGGCUACAACAGAAUGCAAGUGCCCAGGGAGCAGACUGUACAGUUGCAAGAUGCUACGGGUUCGUAUGACCGGUUUAAACUUGUUGAGAAUCAACAACUGAUUGCCUCGGGCCUGAGUGGCUCGGAUAUGUCGCAGGAGCUACCAAUUGCGGAGAAGAUCCCCGCUUGGUUACCGAAACUGCCCCCAAACCAUACUUACAAGUUCACUACAGAGUACAAUAAGUUACUCAAUGACGAGAAAGUCUUGAAGGAAAAGAUCAUCAAGGAGAGUAUGGAGAUAGAAGUGUCGUUAUCGAACCUUGUACGGAAUUGCGACCGAGACGCAGAUACGAAGGUGGACGAGAGGGCUAGAGAGACACCGCCAGAGGAACUGAAACGGAUCGAUGACGAGAUUGUGGCUCUGUACGGUCCAUUGGAGGAGAUUGCGGAGAGACACGAGGGGCCACGUACAAAGCGUAGAACACCUCUUUAUCUGAAGAAAUCUUUCGACGUGCAAGCGUACUCUCUAGGGAGGGUUAAACUUGCACGUAACGCGGUACAGAGAUUCGAAUGGGAGACCAAAUACAGACCUCGCAACCCGUUCCUCUGCAGUCAUAGGGCAGUACCUGAAAAUAGCAAGAAAGUGUACUCUAUGCUCGAGAACUCGCUGAACGAGCUUGUACAAGUGGAUCUACCGAGACUCGAAAGCAGGAAAGCAGCGGCAAUCGCACACGCAGUGGAACAGCGAGACGCAAAACUUGCCGAAUUGAGAGCCAAACUCAAGGAAACGACGCCUUCUGCCACGAAACCGUUUCAGGGGAUGGACAUUAACAUCGGCGGCGGCGGAGAUGAUGACGCAGUGGAUGACGAUGAAGUCGCUCUGUUCGAAGAACUGUCAGGUAGUUCGGACGACGACGACGAUGGUGGAAUCGAAACAGUUACUAAGACUACAAAUUUACCAAAUACACAGGGAAACCCAAUGGCUGGACCCCGACUCGCAGUGGUGGUCCCCGAGGAACCAUCUGCACCUGCUUCCGCGUCCGAAGUACCGUCAGAACCGAUGCCAGGAACGGCAGAGAAACCGGAAGAACACGAUGCCAAGGAGAAUGCAACUGCAUCUGCUAGCCCGGCUGCUCAUCCUGCAACCGACCCCGCCGCUACGGCCCCCGAGGGCAGCGAAACGGACCGGCCCAUCGCUCAAGCGGCGCCCUCCAGCUCCGAAUAG